GGUGAAACUCUUCUUUUUGUUGCAGCUCUGGUCCUAAAUGUUCUGUAGCAUGACUCUCCAAAAGUCUUUUUAGGUCGUGACUUUUCCCUGGGGGACGACAUUUCAUCCAGCCUUGAAACUGGCAGCGCACAGCAGCAGACCUAUAAGAUCCAGUUUGCAGUAUGCACACAUUCAGGCUCAUUGGCUGCAGGCGCGCUGACACAGUUUCCCUGCUUCACUGCCUCAUGCAGCUGUAGCGGCUGUUUGGAGCCUGUAGAGCCAGCAGGUGGUACUCGACUGUCGGGCUGCUGUUGAACACGAGCAGUCAGCUGGCUGAGGAGCACGGAUCUCUGACCACGAGGCUAAAACAAAGAGACAAAGCAAGCAAAGAGCGUGUGUUGUUGUUUUUUCUGUCCGGAGAUGAUGCACACACGCCGGACAGUCACCGAGGUCAGCAGCGCUGCCUCCACCGGGUUGUGACUCUCCUGGCUCCGCAGAAGUGAUUGGUGUACUACGGUGGACAAGACAGGACAGGGCAGGACAAGACAGGACAGGGCAGGACAGGACAUACCGGACCAGAGUCUCAGCAGGCGGUUUCGGCACCUUGCAGUGAAAUCUCCCUCUGGAGACCUUAACAGAAGGAGUACAGCAUCUGUAAGCCCAGACUGGAAGACAGAGGAGGAGAGCAACAGCAGCUCCAGCGCGGACUAAUAGUUCAAGCAGACACUCGAAGGGUUUCACACCGACAUGGGAAUAGGAGCCCCAGUCAUCUUGUAAGAUGUUUUCUCAUCACAGAGAAAGGGAGCAGCCGAUCUUCAGCGCCCGAGCCCAUGUUUUCCAGAUUGACCCCAGCACCAAGAGGAACUGGAUCCCUGCCAGCAAGCAUGCUGUCAGCGUGUCCUUCUUCUAUGAUGCUAACCGCAACGUCUACCGCAUCAUCAGUGUCGGUGGGACGAAGGUACGGGCGAUCAUCAACUGCACUGUUACACCCAGCAUGACGUUCACCAAGACGUCCCAGAAGUUUGGACAGUGGGCAGACAGCAGAGCAAACACAGUGUACGGUCUCGGUUUUGCUACAGAGCAGCAGCUGCAUCAGUUUGCAGAGAAGUUUAAGGAGGUGAAAGAUGCAGCUCGCCUGGCACGAGAAAAGUCACAGGAUAAAGAACUGGCAAACACAGCGCUCACCAUCGCUGCUCCUCAGUUCUCACAGGACCUCUCGGAUGAACUCCAGUCUCCUCCUGUGAUGUGUGUGAACGGACCAGAAGAUAAGCUUUUCCGCAGCCAGAGCGCAGACAUCACACUGUCAUCUGAGAAGGAGCGCAUUAAAAAGAUGCUCUCUGAAGGGUCUAUUUGUGAGAUGAACCUGGAGGCUGAGCUCUUCACUCUCCAGGACAGUAACUCCAAACUGGUGGCAGCGUUGCAUGAAGCUAAUGCUAACGUGGAGCAGUGGAAAAAACAGCUGGCAGCGUAUCAGGAAGAGACAGAGAGACUCAGAGACCAGGUGGCAGAAUUAGAGACUCAUGGAGGCCAUGGCCCCAGUGACCUGCUGAAGGAUGAGCUGACACAAUCUCUGGAGGAGCUGGAGUCCCUGCUGAAGGCCAAAGAUGAGGAAAUUCACAUUUUGCAAAGCAAGAAAGCAGAUUACCACGAGCUGGAACAUGAUCGAGAUGAGGCCAUUCGCAGAUUACGGGAGAUGGAGAUGCGUAAUUCAGAGUUGGAGCGUCGCAUCCAAAACUCAGAGCAGAACCUGAAUAACACUUUGGAGGACCGGGAUCGCAUGGACUCUGAAAUCCAGAGGGCCAUUGAAAUUCUGGACAUCAAGAUCUUUGACCUCAAUGAUCUCCGCCAGAGCCUGGUCAAACUCAUCGACAAAUAAGAAAAAUGGGGGACACUUAACCCAAGAGAGCGAGAGACAUACGGAUGACAGGGUUUGUUUUGUUCAAGGUGGAGAAAAUAAAAUCAAGAUGGAGCUGGUCCCUGUCCUCUACAAGCACAAGAGCCACCUCUGCAGGCUGCAGGAAGGUUUCUCCACGCUGUGCUGUAACUCAACAACAUACUAUAGGUGUUGGCCUAUGCAGAGCAGCAUACACAUGCUUGUCCAGUCUAAUGUAAUGCUUCAUGAUGCUUUAAAGGGUAACGUUCAAUGCAAUAAACCAACUUUUAAGGUAAGUGCUUCACAGUGAUAGUAAUAUUGGUGCUUGUAGUAUUUCAUAGAUAUAACUUUUGUACAUGAGGAUGCAGUGUCAAUAUUAAUGAUAAGAGGCCUUGUUUAUUUUUUCAACUAACAGCCAAACAUCUUUACAACAAGUCCACGCAGGAAGGAAAAGUGACAAAGUGUUCUGAAGAAAACAAAUGCAAUUGCAGAAAACUAAAUGACUUAGAGAUCUGCCAACUUAAAAGGCUGCGUAACUUAAAUGAUAUCAAACUGUUCAUGUUGUGGUAAGGCAUGUACGCAUGAGAUCUGAAUAUUGAAGCUUCAGACCAAAUGUUUUUGCUUUUGUGAACAGAGUCUUUAAGGUCUACAUCACAUCUUCAUUUAGACUGGUAAGAAACCUUUAAAUCUAAGGCAAGUAACACUAACCUGUAUACACAUUUUAUUAGAUGAGCUAGGUGAAGUAAUUGCAGUUAGGAUGAAUAAGUAUUUCGGACAACAGUUAAAUAAGUUAAGUAAAAACUCAUCACUAAGUGUUGCAUAUAAAUCUAACUCGGGUUUGGAUUGAGCAUCAUCCCUUAAGAAAACCACUGACUUAGUGAACUUAUGAUAGACUCAAUAAUAUCACACAUUUCUGCCUUCUGUUAUUUCUCAACACGUUACCUUUUUAGCUGUGGACAUUAUGCCAAACGCCUUCACGGUCUUUCACCACACUGACUGUAUUAUUUAACCGAGUGUUUGAUGCUACAUUUGUCUUAUUUUUCAAGCCUUACUGUUUCAUUUUGAAGGUUGUUGUUGUUGUUGACAGUCAUGACCGCUCUGUCUCAACUUUUGAGCUUUCGUCAUGUCAGUUUGGAAAUAAAAGUAAAUGCAGUCA